CACUCGUAUAUAUCGGUCGAUAGUCCAACCUCCUUUCACAGAGAUUGUUCUCAUCUUACUCUCUUCGUAAAGAUAUAAUAGCAUCCAUUCAAUUCCAACUAAGAAAUGGCGGAAGGAGCUUUGUUUAGUGUUGCUAAGGGAAUCACAGAAAAAGCGAGCAACCUCUUAGCCCAAGAGAUUGUACUACUCUGGAAUCUCAAAGACGAUAUGGAAAAGCUCAACGACACAGUUUUGACAAUCAGUGCUGUGAUUCAGGAUGCAGAGGAGAAGCAGCAGCACAACAAUCAAGUUAGAGUGUGGCUGAAAAGGCUGAACGAUGCACUUUAUGAAGCGGACGACUUGCUGGAUGACAUCUCCACUGAAGCUUUACGGCGGGAAGUGAUGACACGGAAUAAGAAAGCAAAAGAGGUACGCAUCUUCUUUUCCAAAUCCAACCAGCUUGCAUUUGUUCUUAAAAUGGGUCAUAAGGUUAAGGCAAUGAAUGAAAGGCUAGAUGCUAUCAAAAACGCUAAGGGGUUCCACUUAGAUGAACGUCCUGUAGAGACACAAGUGGGGGGUUAUAGGGUGAGAGAAACUCAUUCUUUUGUAUGUACUGAAGAAGUCAUUGGGAGAGAUAAUGAUAAGGAGGAGAUUAUAAAAAUUCUUUUAGAUCCCAAUGUUGAAGAGAGUGUUUUGAUCCUUCCAAUAGUUGGACUUGGAGGGCUAGGGAAGACCACAUUAGCUCAACUCGUAUUCAAUGAUGAAAAAAUCCAAAACCGUUUUGAGCAAAAGCUUUGGGUGUGUGUCUCUGAUGACUUUGAAGUAAAAGUAAUUGUUAAGAAAAUUUUAGAGUGCGCAAAAAAUAAUAAACCAGAAUGCCUUGAACUGAACACAUUGAUUAAUGAGCUUAAUAAAGAAAUUGAUGGAAAGAGAUACCUACUUGUGUUGGAUGAUGUAUGGAAUGAGGAUCCUCACAAAUGGUUUGAACUAAAAAAACUUUUAAUGGUUGGGGCAAGAGGUUGUAGAAUAUUAGUGACUACACGCAUUAAUAUAGUGGCAGAGACUACCCAAACAGUUCAACCAUACAGGUUAAAGGGUCUAGAUGAUGAAAAGUCUUGGUCUUUAUUUAAGCGGUUUGCAUCUGCAAAAGGGCAAGAUUUAGCGAAUUCAUUAAUCAAGGCAAUUGGAAUGGAAAUCAUUGCGAGGUGUAAAGGAGUCCCUCUUGCUAUAAGGACAUUAGGAAGCGUAUUGUACUUUAAAAACCCAGAAAAAGAAUGGUUGUCUUUUAAGGUUAAUGAACUUUCAAAAUUAGCUCAAAAAGAAAAUGAUAUCCUAUCAACACUUAAGUUGAGUUAUGAUCAUCUUCCAUCAUAUUUGAAGCAGUGCUUUGCUUAUUGUUGUUUAUUUCCAAAGGAUUUCAAAAUUCAUAAAACAACAUGGAUUCAAAUGUGGAUGGCUCAAGGGUUCAUUAGGUCUUCAAGUCUAGACCAAUGCUUGAAGAUAUUGAUCAUGAGUAUUUUAUAGAUUUGCUUUGGAGAUCAUUCUUUCAGGAAGUUGAGAAAGAUGAGAGAGGUAAUAUACUACAAUUUAGAAUGCAUGAUCUUAUGCAUGACCUUACAAAAUUAAUAGCAGCAUCUGAUGGCACAACUUUUUAUUCAAAAGGAGAAGAUAUUCAUGAAAAAAUACGUCAUGUAUCAUUUGAUAGAACAUUUCUCUUAUCAUCAAGAAUUCCAACCUCGUUGUAUAAAGCAAACAAGAUAAGAACAUUUCUUUUGCCAAGUGAAUCAAGAUACGAAUAUGCAGGCUUGGAUAAGUCAACUUGUAAUGCAAUUGUUUCAAGUUUUAAGUUCAUACGCUUGUUGGAUCUACAUAAAAUGAAUAUUGAAACAAUUCCAAGUUCUAUUGGGAAGUUAUGGCAUUUAAGGUAUCUCAAUCUAUCCAAUAAUCCCAUCGAGAUGCUUCCUAAUUCCAUUACAAGAUUACAUAAUUUGCAAACACUAAGACUCUUUGAAUGUCCAAUUAAACAAUUGCCCAAAGAUAUUAACAAAUUAGUCAACCUCAAGUAUCUUGAGAUGAAUAAAUGUUGGCAUUUGACUCAUAUGCCACGUGGAUUGGGGCAAUUAACUAAGCUUCAGACAUUAUCAAAAUUUGUGAUGAGUCAGAAUAGCUGUUUAGAUUUCAGGCUCCACGGUGGAUUGAAAGAGCUCAACGGGCUAACCAAGCUGAGAGGAACGCUAAAGAUUAAGGGAUUGAGACACGAGAAAGAAUUUGCAUCAAAAUCUAAGAAUUCAAAUAUGAAAGAGAAAAUACAUCUUCAAGACUUGACGUUAUCGUGGAUAGAAGACGACGUGGAUGAGUCUAACAUUGGGUAUAAUGAAGAGUCACUUGAAGCCUUGCUCCCACACGGUCCACUUUCAGAUCUUCAACAAUUAUGUUUAAAUGAAGGGUUCGGUUAAUGCACACAUUAAGUUAUCAAUUUUUGAAAAUAUUUUUUCAAAAAUUGAAAAAGCUGUUAAUAUUUUUUAAAUUUUCGAGAAUUUUUUUUUUUCAAAAAUAAGAAUGAGUAUGUGCGGGACACAUUAGCAAAAUCCUUAAAUGAACACGGUGGAGGGAAAAUUCCAAUUGGGAUUUCAUUGCUUUCAAAUCUUGUAAAUUUUUCCUUAUAUGGCUGUAACAGAUGCCAACAUCUGCCACCGUUGGAUCAAAUUCAUUCUCUCAAAAUUCUCUAUCUUAGGCGGAUGAAUGAUUUGGAGUACAUAUCAGAGAGAGAAAACAACAGGGAGUUCUCUGAUUCUUCAUUCCUCCCAUCUCUAAA